AUCUCUCUCCUCUCUCUCUCUCUCUCUCUCUCUCUACUCUAGGCUCUCGCUGUCCCUUAUCGCCUCACGUGUUCUCUCUUCUUUUCCCCUUCUCCCUCUGCAUCGAACCAGAUUUCCCUGCGCCCCCAAACCAAAGAGAAAUCUACUCUGCACACACAGAAGAAAACUCAACAAGAUCAGACCAUACCGACGGACGCUUUUUCUUCUUCUUCUCCAAACCCCUAAUCCCCCUAGGGCACACUUCUUCCCUUUCCCCAAACCCUACAAAUCCCCCAUACCUCCUCAACCUUCGCCCUCUCUUCUGCCCCGCGAAACCCUGGGGUUUCGUCCGUGAUUGGCGCCGUGCGGUCGAAUCGGUGGAUUCUUGAGCGAAACCUCUCGUUUCGUUUCCUGGAACCCUAGAGACGUCCAGUUUCGAAGGUUUGUUCGGUUUGUGUGGUUUUUCGGCGUUGUGGUUUUUCGGUUGGAUUGGGUUUGGGCUAGGGCUAGGGCUAGGGCUAGGGCUGGUGGGCUGAUGCGAUUGAGUGGUGGACUUUCAUGCCGCCGGAGCCUUUGCCGUGGGAUCGGAAGGACUUCUUCAAGGAGAGGAAGCAGCAGCACGAGAGGCCGUCGCUGGAUACGGUGGGGCCCGCGUCGAGGUGGAGAGAGACUCCGCCUCACCACGGCGGCGGCCGCGACUUCGGUCGGUGGGGAUCGGCCGAGUUUCGCAGCCGACCUCCAGGUCAUGGCAAGCAGGGUGGUUGGCACCUCUAUUCUGAAGAAUCUGGGCAUGGGUUCAUGCGAUCUCGGUCCAACGAGAAGAUUAUAGAUGACGAGAGUUUCCGGCCAUCUGAUUCUCGUGCAGAUGGAAAGUACAGCAGGAAUGGCAGGGAAAAUCGGGGAUCUUUCAGCCAAAAGGACUGGAAGUGUCACUCUCGGGAAAAUGGUGGGUCCCCAAACGGCCCCGGCAGGCCACUUGACGCGAGCGAUCAGAGGUCAGUUGAUGGUAUAAUAACAGUGAACUCUCAUCCUCAUUCCGACUUUGUAAACACAUGGGAUCAUGAUAAGACUGGUGGUGUCAAUGGCUUGGGUACAGGCCAGAGAUUUGAGAGUGAAAAUUCGCUGGGAUCGAUUGAUUGGAAGCCUCUUAAAUGGGCCCGAUCGGGGAGUAUGUGCUCCCGGGGGUCUGGUUUAAGCAAUUCAAGCAGCUCAAAGAGCAUGGGUGUGGAUUCCAGCGAAGCAAGGGCUGAAGCUCAGAUGGGGAAUGUCACUCCAGUGCAGUCCCCUUCAGGGGAUGUUGUUGCCUGUGCUACGUCUGCUGUUGCCCCAUCUGAAGAAACAAGUGCCAAGAAGAAGCCACGUCUUGGUUGGGGUGAGGGGCUGGCUAAGUAUGAGAAGAAGAAGGUUGAUGGACCUGAUGAUAUUGCAGCCAACAAUGAAGCAGGUUAUUGUGGUAGAACCGAACCUUUGCAGUUGCAAGCCUCAAACUUGGCUGGUAAAAGCCCUAGGAUUGGGGGAUUCUCAGAUUGUGCUUCCCCUGCUACUCCCUCCUCGGUUGCUUGCAGCUCCUCACCAGGUGCGGAGGACAAAUCUUUUGUCAAAGCGACCAGUAUUGAUAAUGAUACUAGUAAUUUAUGUGUUUCGCCAAAUCUCCAGUGUCAAAGUUAUCUUGAUGGGAGGGAUUUUAACUUAGAGAAUUUAGAGCUUACUCCAAUUUCUAACUUAAGCUCUUCAAUUAGUGAAUUGCUUCAAACUGAUGAUCCUGGUUCAGUGGGUUCUAGCUUUGCAAGAUCCGCAAUUAUAAACAAGCUGCUGGUAUGGAAGGGUAACAUUUCGAAGGAAUUGGAGGUGACUGAAUCUGAGAUUGAGUCACUUGAAAUUGAGCUGAAGUCAUUAAUAUCUGAAUCUGGUAAGAGUUGUCCUUGUCCAGCUGCAUCCAGUUCUCUGCUCGGGGAAUGUGUAGCAAAACCUUGUGAAGAACUAGUUGCUGCCGCCGAUAUAAUUCCUCGUCCUUCUCCCUUGCUGCUUGAUUCUUCUGGAGACAUGAUUGUUGAGAGGGCAGAUGGUGGCUUGGAAGACAAACGGGGUCAAGCUGGAGAUGAGGACGUUGAUAGUCCAGGUACUGUAACAUCCAAGUUUGUUGGACUGCUUUCUUCAACAAAGGGUGCAGCCAUGUCUGAUCCGGUGACAUGUGGUGAUGUGAAUUCAAGUAAAUUGGGAAACUUUGAGAUGAAAUGCUCAUUGCGUGGUUCCAAUGAGGAAAAUACAUGUUGUGCAUCUGCUUCUGAGGUUGGUUAUCAGCUGAUAGCUGGCAAGAGUUCUGCUCCUCCUCAAGUUGGUAUAAGUUCGCAAUGUUACGGAGGUGACAUGUUAUAUGAUCAAAUAGUGGCGUCCAACAAAGGAAGUGCAAGUAGAGCUUCUGAAGUGCUUGAUAAGCUAUUGCCAUCUAGAACAAGAAGCUUCUGUAGCUGGGCAAGUAAUGCAAUGAUUCAAGAAAAGUUUGUAAAGAGGAAGCGCUUCUUAAAAUUUAGAGAGAGGGUUAUCACCCUCAAGUUUAGGGCAAUGCAGCACCUCUGGAAGGAGGAUAUGCGAUUGCUUUCCAUCAAGAAAAAUCGAGCCAAAUCUCAGAAAAGGUUGGAACUAAUUUUGCGUACACAAAAUGGCAGCUAUCAAAAGCAUCGGUCAUCCAUUCACUCACGUUUUGCUUUACCAGUGGGUAAUUCAAGACUAAUCCCAACGACGGAGGUCAUUAAUUUUACAAGCAAGCUGCUUUUAGAUUCGCAGGUCAAGCCUUACAGGGAUUCACUUAAAAUGCCAGCAUUGAUCUUGGACGAGAAGGAAAAGAAAUUUUCCAAGUUCGUUUCGUGGAAUUGUUUAGUCGAAGAUCCCGUAACCAUUGAGAAGGAAAGGGCUAUUAUAAAUCCUUGGUCAUUGGCGGAGAAGGAAAUUUUCCUGGAUAAGCUCACUACUUUUGGGAAAGACUUCAGAAGGAUUGCUUCUUUUCUAGAUCACAAGACGAUUGCAGAUUGCAUAGAGUUCUACUAUAAAAACCACAAAUCAGAUUGUUUUGAGAAAACAAAGAAGAAACCAGAUUUUGGUGGGCAAGGAAAGUCCUACCCCAGUACUAACUACCUGGUAACCUCAGGGAAGCGAUGGAAUCGGCAGAUAAAUGCUGCAUCCCUUGAUAUGUUGGGCGUGGCUUCAGCAAUCGCAGCUAAUGCCGAUGAUGGUGCUGAAAAUCAGCAGAAAUGUACAUCAAGGUUCGUAUUAGGGUUGAGUUGUGGUUAUAGAGCACCGCGAGGUGAUGAUGUCCUUGUAGAGAGGUCAGGUAGCCUUGAUAGAGAAACUGCAGCUGCUGACGUCUUGGCGGGUAUUUGUGGUUCCCUAUCAUCAGAAGCAAUGAGUUCUUGUGUGACGAGCUCUUUUGACCCUGUGGCUGUUGGGUCUUUGUCAAGACGACCUUUGACGCCUGAAAAUGCGCAGAGUGUUGAAGAUGACACUUGUUCGGAUGAGAGUUGUGGGGAGAUAGACCACACUGAUUGGACGGACGAGGAGAAGUCUGUUUUCAUGCAGGCUGUGUCGUCUUACGGUAAGGAUUUCGCGACGAUUUCAAGGUGCAUGAGAACUAGAUCAAGGGAGCAAUGCAAGGUCUUCUUUAGCAAGGCUCGCAAGUGCCUUGGACUGGAUGGAAUUGGUCCUAGGCCUUCUGGCAAGGAGGGAGUAAUGUUAAACGACAAUGCUAAUGGGGGAGGCGGGAGUGAUAAUGGUUCAGUUAUCUGCAACGAGAAAUCAUCAGGGCCUAAAAUGGGUGAGGACACGAUUCUCUCUGAUUUGAACAUAAACCGUUGCGAGUCUGAUCCUGCGGAGACCAUGAACUUGGAGUCUGAAUUGAACAUGUCAGAGGAUAACAAUGGGAGAGGACUAAUUGAUUGUAAACUGGAGAAAGAUGUAGACGGUGACAGUAAGAUGGAAAAUGGCGUUGAUGAUGAGUCUGGGGUUGUGGGGCCCCUUAAAGAUGCUGUUUUACCUCCUGAUAUAGAAGUUGAAAGUCGUGAAGCUAGUGGAGAUGACAGUUCUUCAGAACCAGUAUCUGCUGAAGAGGUUGAAACCAUAGCUGUUUGUCAGCAUUCUGCUGAUAGUCUUAUACCAGAGCGAGCGGGGCAACAACUGGCAUCAGAGGACAAUUUGAUGAAUGAGCACGAUGAAAAUGGGGAUGCAAAUAUAAGUGGUCCGAUUGACUUGCAUGUAAAUGUAAAUGCGUCUGAUGUUGCUGCAGAUGCUAAUGUUUCUGUGGGAUUUGGUGUUAGCACCAAACAAGAGCAAGAAACUUCCGUGGAGAUGGAUCCUAAGCAAGAGCCUCUGCCCGUUUCCCUGGAGCAAGAGCAAAAUGUUUCUCUUGUGAAUACCCAUUCCGCGACCAAAGGUACAUCGACAUUAGAUAUUGAGAAGGUCAGUGAGAAGCAGUGUGUAAAACCACCCAGUGUGGAUGAUUAUAACCAGCAUCAGUCUGGCCAUGGUCAGAUUCUCAUGGGAUAUCCGAUACCGACCUCAACCAAGAGAGAUGUAAAUGGGGAUAUGAGUUCCAAGAAAAUGUCCUUUCAAAGCUUUUCGAAUGCAGAUAGGAGUUUCCAUUCGGAUACCUAUUCAUCGCAGGAAUACUUUCUUCAAAAGUGCAACGGUUCAAAACCUGAGAGUUUGGUUGCUGAGCUUCCGUUUGUUUCCCAAGAACAAAAAGGCAAUCAUUCUAGAGCCCAUUCAUGGAGUUCAUCAGAUCCAGGGAAAAAACCAUCUGGGAACGGUGAUGUGAAACUUUUUGGCCAGAUCUUAACACACACAUCAUCAACUCAGUCGAAGCAGAAUUCUACAGGUAUCCAUGAAAAUGAAGACAAGGGGGUUCAAAUUCAGCUUCCUAAGUUAACCAGCAAUAAUUUCAACCAGAAAUUAACUGGGACUAACAGUGCUGAUGCAAGUUCAGUUCCCAAAAUGUUCGACCAGAACAAUUAUCGGGGGCUUGAGAAUGUUCCCAUUAGGAGUUAUGGCUAUUGGGAUGGAAAUAGAAUACAGACUGGGUUUUCUGCCUUACCUGACUCUGCGAUUUUACUGGCAAAAUACCCUGCCGCAUUUAGUAAUUACUCUACCACCCCAACCAACAUGGAGCAGCAGACGCAACUCCAUUCGGUUGUAAAGAGUAAUGAACGCAAUUUAAAUAGCGUAUCCCUUUUCUCCAGUAGCAGCAACAAUGGAGUAGCAGAAUAUCUUUUACACAGGAACCGAGAGGGUGCUAGAGUGCAGCCAUUUACAGUCGAUAUACAGCCUCCGCCGGUGGCGGCAAGAGGGGUGGUGGGAAUCAAUGUGGUGGGAAGAGGAGGAGGAGGGAUUCUUGUUGGGGGUGUUUCAGACCCGGUGGCGGCCAUCAAAAUGCAUUACGCGAAAACGGAGCAUUUCAAUGGGCAGAUGCCGGGUGUGGUCAGAGAGGAGGAAUCUUGGAGAGGAGGUAAGAAGGGGGAUAUAGGCAGGUAGAAUUUUAGCGGCGAAUUUGUUUCUUUGUUUGCCGUCUUGUAUCAUAGUUUUGUAACAACUUCAUUUGCAGCAGAUUGAUAGGACUGUGGACGGACUCUUUGUGUCCGUCUUUUUGGUUUAAAGAAGGAUUCUCUAGGUGUUUGUAAUAUUUGCAGCAGCUUUGUAUUUGUUGUAUUUGAUGGGAAAUACAGAAAUAAUCUGUUGUGGAA